CGGCCGCUCGGGGCCGGGCAGCGCUCGGGGCCGGCCCCCUCGGCCCCCCGGGCGCGGUGCCGCGGCCAUGCUGCGGGGGGACGAGUUUCUGAGCUCGCCGCCCAGGAAGGCGGUGCGCUUCGGGGGCACCCUGCCCGACAUCCUGCUCAAGUACGGCCAGGGUGACACCACCGAUUAUGAGUUGUUAAAGCACCAGCUGUCAGACCCAGACAUAAAGGAUGCCCAGAUCGUUAAUUGGCUGCAUGAAUUUCGAGCUUCUGUCACCUACUUGACCAAGGACUUUGAGCAACUGGUCAGCCUUUUGCUGAAGCUGCCGUGGUUGAGAAGAAGCCGAGAGGUAGUGGAAGAAUACCUGGGUUUUCUUGGCAAUCUGGUGUCAGCACAAACUGUCCAUCUUAGGCCAUGCCUCCGCAUGAUUGUAUCCCAGUUUGUUCCCCCUCGAAUAACCAUCAGAGAAGAUGAUGUGGAUAUUUCAGAUUCUGAUGAUGAUGAUGAAAACCUUUCUGAAAACUUUAAUACAUGCCAUAGAGCACUGCAAACUGUUGUAAGAUAUGUUCCUUCAACACUGCAAUUUCUUAUGCCAAUACUUGUAGAAAGCUUUCCUUUCAUUAAUAAAUCAGAAAGAACUCUGGAAUGUUACGUACAUAACCUGCUACGAGUUACAGUGUACCUUCCAACACUGAGGCUUCAGAUUCUGGAGCUUAUUGUUGAAAAACUGUUAAAGUUGGAUGUUAGUACUCCACAGCAAGAUAUUGAGGAUGCUGAAGAAGCUGCUAAUAACUCUGAUAGUGGGGAAAAAUCUGCAGAGGAGGGACUUUUUGACAUGGAGGAAGAUGAAGAAAGAAAAGGAAACAAAGUUGUCUCUUCCAGUAGUGAGAGAAUGGCCCAUCCGCUUGCGGAGCGGCUUGAUAUUUUGAUGACCAUCCUGUUUUCCUAUAUUAAAGAUGUUUGCCAUGUGGAUGGCAAGCUUGAUAUCAACAAGACAAAGGAUUUGUAUCGGGACCUGGUUUCUGUUUUUGACAAGCUCAUUUUACCAACUCAUGCUUCAUGUCAUGUGCAGUAUUUCAUGUUUUACAUCUGUAGCUUUAAAUUGGUUCCGUUCACGUUUUUACAACUAAAUACAGAAAAAGACACAGAAAAUAGCAUUCUUCCACCAUUGAGAGGUUUGGCUGAGGCAUUUUUAGACCAUCUUUGGAAAAAACUGCAUGAUCCAAACAAUCCUUCAGUGAUCAGGCAAACCGCUGGCAGCUAUAUUGGCAGCUUUUUGGCAAGAGCUAAGUUUAUUCCAGUUGUUACAGUAAAAGCAUGCUUGGAUCUGCUGGUUAAUUGGAUGCAUAAAUACAUUGAUAAUCAGGAUACAGGGGCUAAUGCUUACUGUGAUGUAGCUCUCCAUGGGCCAUUUUAUUCUACAUGUCAGGCAGCAUUCUAUACGCUUAUUUUCCGUCACAAGCAGCUUUUGGAUGGAAAUUUAAGGAAAGGUCUGUCAUAUCUGCAGAGUUUAAAUUUUGAGCGCAUUGUCAUGUGUCAACUAAACCCUCUGAAGAUAUGUAUACCCUCUGUUGUGAACUUGUUUGCUGCUAUUACAAGGAAAUACCAGUUGGUGUUCUGCUACACAAUUAUUGAGAGGAACAACAGGCAGUUCAUACCAGUUGUUCGGAGUGGGACUGGGGGUGACCUUGUGCAGACAUGCACUAACCCACUUGACAGUUUCUUCCCCUUUGAUCCCUACGUGCUCAAAAGAUCAAAGAAGACUAUUGAUCCUUUUUAUCAGUUCUGGGAAGAGCUGAGUGCUGAAGAUCUUGAGAAUCUGAAGAAACCCAUUAAAAGGGGUACUUCUGAAGAUGAAGAUGAUGACUUUUUGAAAGGAGAAACUCCUCAAAAUGAUAGUGUGGUUGAAAUUGCUCCAAAUUCUUAUGAGUCAAAUACCCGGAGCCCAGUGAGCAGCAUCGGCUCUCCUCCAGACUCUUAUGUGCAAUACCCACACUGACCUGGAUAACCAACUAGAAGUGAAAAGGUUGAAAAUUGUGUGCAAUUUUUUUGCUCAUAAAGAGACUUGAGCUCAACUUUCCAAACUGGCUAAUGUUCAAGUAACUACAUUUAAGAAAAACUGUUAUUUCUUCAUCAUCAAAUUUCUACAGAUGUUAUGAUAAAUUCAUAUAUUGUUAGAAAAGCCUAGAGAAUAAAUAGGGUGAUAAUUUACAAAUUUCACAUUGAAAUGUUUUUUAUGACUUACCGAGGGUUUUUUAUAGGUUUUCUUGACUUUUUAAAAACUUUCAUUUACUAAUGUUUCUCUGUGAGGUUUUAUGUAUCGGGAGUGAAAUUCUGGUCUUUACUCCUUUUGAUUUCUGUGGGACCACAAGUACACUGUCAGUAUUUAAACUGUUCUCUGAUGACUUUUUUUAGUUGGUUUCAAUUAAUGGUAUGGUCCUGUGAUAGGGAAGCCAUGAACUGACUCUUAAUAGUGAUUCUUUUGCACACAUCUCUAAGCUUUUCCUAUCUGUAGAGCAGUAUUUUGUAAAGCCCCUUGAUAGUGGUACAUGUAUUCAGAUGGUAAGCAUUAUUGCUGCGUAAAAACGUAACUGACACACAUUUUUUUCAGCUGUUCAGGCAUGUAGAAUGGUCAGGCAUGUAGAGUGGUGAUUAUUGGAAGUGUUGAAAAUUGGAGUAGCUGGAUGUAUGAUUUGUAGAUAGUUUUCUUUGAGGUGCUUGAGAAGCACUCUGAAACAGGUAUUUAUUUUCAGGAUUUGAAUUUUACAUGUGAAUGUUGAAAAUACCAAAACUCAAACAUACCAAAAAAAGAAACAAACAAAAAAAACCACCCAUAUCCCUAAUAGAAAGGAAUUGAUGGUGUCAGUGGUGUCAUUGUAUUGUCCGUGUGUCAGUGAAGAGUUUCUCUGUACAUAUUUCUUAUAUUUUCUGUGAUUGCUGGCUUUUAGAUGUGAGAAAGAAUAUAAAAAGUAGAAAAAAAUGUUAUUUGUGUAACAUUUAGUUGAAAAUUUCAUGCCCGUUGGACUAAAUUCUUUAUAGCUGCCCAACUUCAUUCAUCUGCCCUUCUUUAGAGUCUGAACUUGUAGGCUUUCAAGGCAAUGUAUUUAUUCAGAGCCAAUAAAGACUGAUGCAAACGGU